AUGUACGGCUUUGGGUGCACAGUUGAGCGCCGCAUGGCCAGCGUUGAGUUCGAGGUCGCCGCCCACUCCGGAAAAUUCAAAGAGGUCGACGGUAAGAUCACUGAGCUUCAGCAUCUCGUUGGUGUUCUUCGCUCAGAAGAGCCUCCUCCGCCCGUCAUCGCCGACAGAGUCCAGUUCGAUCGUGCUCCCGACCCCGUCAUCCUGGUUGCUCGCACGUGGGCCCUCACCACCAUGGACGCUUUCAAAAACCCCAUCAAGCCCAUCCUGGAGCAGAGCACGAUGUCGCUCGAAGAAGUUUCGUUCUCAGGUCUCCCUGCAUCUCAGUGCAUUCAGGUUCGUGUAUGUGGCGCCUCCCACUUCGCUCAGCGUGGCGUUUCUCAGAUUCUCGGUUCUCUUCGCUGA